AGGAAGGCAAGGGCUGGAAGCUGGAGAGGGCUGGAGCUGGAAGGCUCUCCGGCAGCGAGAGGUCCUGCCCAGCUGUUGGCGAGGAGUUUCCUGUUUCCCUCCCGGCGCCCGGGUAGAGUUGAUGAGUGAGUCACUCGCGCGCACCGACCGACGACACCCCCCGCGCGCGCACACGCUCGCUUGGGGGACGGAGCCCCAGCCUUCUGCGCAGCUCUCCUCGGCCGCCGGGGGCCUCCUCCCGGCCUCCAAGCUCCCCCGAUCGCCGGCCACAUCUGGCCCGCACCUCUGCCCGGCGCGCUCAGGACGGCCCAGGCAUACUGAGAGGACUAGGAGUCAAGGCGCAGCCCGGGGUCCCCGAGGCUCGGUUCGCGGCGCCUCACGGGCCGGUCUAUGACGAGCGACGGGGGCCACCAUGGGUCGGGGGCUGCUCCGGGGCCUGUGGCCGUUGCACAUCGUCCUGUGGACGCGCAUCGCCAGCACCAUCCCACCGCAGGUUCCCAAGUCGGAUGUGGAAAUGGAGGCCCAGAAAGAUGUGCCCAUCCACCUAAGCUGUAAUAGGACCAUCCAUCCACUGAAACGCUUUAACAGUGGCAUGAUGACCAGCGAUAACGGCGGGGCCGUCAGGCUUUCGCAACUGUGCAAGUUUUGCGAUGUGAGGUUGUCCACUUGUGACAAGCAGAAGUCCUGCAUGAGCAACUGCAGCAUCACGUCCAUCUGUGAGCAGCCGCAGGAAGUCUGCGUGGCUGUGUGGAGGAAGAAUGAUGAGAACAUUACACUGGAGACGGUGUGCCAUGACCCCAAGCUCACCUACCAUGGGUUUGCCGUAGAAGACGCUACUUCGCCCAAGUGCAUCAUGAAGGAGAAGAAAAGGGCCGGUGAGACUUUCUUCAUGUGUGCCUGCAACGUGGAGGAGUGCAAUGACCACAUCAUCUUUUCAGAAGAAUACACCGCCAGCAAUCCUGACCUGUUCCUGGUCAUUAUCCAAGUGACUGGCGUCAGCCUCCUGCCUCCACUGGGGAUUGCCAUAGCUGUGAUCAUCAUCUUCUACUGCUAUCGUGUCCACCGGCAGCAGAAGCUGAGCCCGUCCUGGGAAAGCAACAAGCCCCGGAAGCUCAUGGAGUUCAGCGAUAACUGCGCCAUCAUCCUGGAGGACGACCGUUCGGACAUCAGCUCUACGUGUGCCAACAACAUCAACCACAACACGGAACUGCUACCCAUUGAGCUGGACACGCUGGUGGGGAAGGGCCGCUUUGCCGAGGUCUACAAGGCGAAGCUGAAGCAGAACACUUCGGAGCAGUUCGAGACUGUGGCCGUCAAGAUCUUCCCCUAUGAGGAGUACACGUCGUGGAAAACGGAGAAGGACAUCUUCUCUGACAUCAACCUGAAACACGAGAACAUCCUGCAGUUCCUGACUGCCGAGGAGCGGAAGACAGAGCUGGGAAAGCAGUACUGGCUGAUCACGGCGUUCCAUGCCAAGGGCAACCUGCAGGAAUACCUCACCCGGCAUGUCAUCAGCUGGGAGGACCUGCGGAAGCUGGGCAGCUCCCUGGCCAGGGGCAUCGCCCAUCUCCACAGUGACCACACUCCAUGUGGGAGGCCUAAGAUGCCCAUCGUCCACAGAGACCUCAAGAGCUCGAACAUCCUCGUGAAGAAUGAUUUGACCUGUUGCCUGUGUGACUUUGGGCUGUCCCUGCGUCUGGACCCUACUCUGUCUGUGGAUGACUUGGCCAACAGUGGGCAGGUGGGAACUGCAAGAUACAUGGCCCCCGAAGUUCUAGAAUCCAGGAUGAAUUUGGAAAACGUGGAGUCCUUCAAGCAGACAGAUGUCUACUCCAUGGCUCUGGUACUCUGGGAAAUGACAUCCCGUUGCAAUGCGGUGGGAGAGGUGAAAGAUUAUGAACCCCCAUUUGGCUCCAAGGUCAGGGAGCACCCUUGCGUGGAGAGCAUGAAGGACAACGUGCUGAGAGAUCGAGGACGGCCUGAAAUCCCCAGCUUCUGGCUCAACCACCAGGGCAUCCAGGUCGUGUGUGAGACGCUGACAGAAUGCUGGGACCAUGAUCCUGAGGCCCGCCUGACAGCCCAGUGUGUGGCAGAGCGCUUCAGUGAGCUGGAGCAUCCAGAUAGACUCUCCGGGAGGAGCUGCUCCCAGGAGAAGAUUCCAGAAGAUGGCUCACUGAACACUACCAAAUAGCUUUUUCUGGGCAGGCUGGACCGAGCCUCCAGAAGCCGCCUUUUCACCAAAGACCAGAGGCAGCUGGAUGCUAUCCUGACGGAUGCUUCUGGGAAACCAAGGACUUGCUCCCUUCUUCCCUGAUAGCUGCUCCAUAUUCAGCAGCAGCAGCAGCAGCAGCAGCAGCAGCAGCAGCAGCAGCAGCAGCAGCAGCAGCAGCAGGAGCAGUAGGGGCUAAGUGACAGAGAGCAUUCUGUGCCUUGGACAUUGUCAUGGCAUAAGCUGUAUUAGCACCUCCUCAGGAAAUGAGAUUGAUUUUUACAACAGCCAAUAACAUUUGCACUUUAUUAAUGCCUGUAUGUAAAUAUGAAUAGCUAUGUUUUAUAUCUAUAUAUCUAUAUAUGUCUAUAUCUCUCUAUCUAUAGCCAUACUCUGCAAGGAGACAAAGAAAAAGAUCAAAUGUUCCCGGGGAAAUUAGCUUUUAUUGGAGAGUUCCAAACUGGAGCAGAAGGGACUCGGGACAACAUUAGCACUUGACAAUCACACAUGCGAUGGUCCGCCGAAUGUGGGGUUGGGGGGAUGGCUGCAUGAAAAGGAUCCAUGCCUCACAGCCUGUUUGGCCACAAAACACUUUUGUCUUGCAAUAAUUGCCCUCUACAUGUGGGUGCUUUCCCGGCCAGGGAGCUAAGUUCCAGCUCACCGCUAUGUCCCAGGGUCUUCCAUGUGCCUUGCUUUUCUUUAUUUUAUCAUCGACAUCUGACUUGUGAACCUGUGGACUUAGCCUAGAACCCUGGCCCCAUCCUUCUGCUUUCAUGGACUACAGAAAUCAAAGAGGACAGUUUCCCCACCCAUGAAAGUGUUGACCAUCUAAUAGAUUGUGCUGUUUGAUUUUUCUUC